AUGGAAAAUCGAGAAGCUCUUGUUUACACUCUCUUUUCCAUCGUUAUCUCUCUCCAAUUCUUUUGGAUAUUCCUAAGGCCGCGUUACAGUGCAUUUACGUCUGCGCUGCGGCUGACCCGCCACCUUAAACCGUCCAUCCGCCAUCUGACGUCGGCCACAAGGUCUGACUUUGAGUUCAUGUCGUAUAUGAUCAAUAAGGCUGAUUCAGUCAAUAAAGCACUGGACAAGGCUGUUCCACUCUGCGAGCCAGUACUCAAAAUCCGUGAGGCCAUGAGGUACACACUUCUCUCGGAUGGAAAACGUGUUAGGCCAAUGCUCUGCUUGGCUGCAUGCGAGCUUGUGGGCGGCCAAGAGUCAACCGCAAUGCCCGCUGCAUGUGCAAUUGAGAUGCUCCACGCGUCGUCUCUCAUCCAAGACGAUCUUCCUUGUAUGGACGACGACAGCCUCCGCCGUGGAAAGCCCACUAACCAUAAAGUUUUUGGCGAAGAUAUAGCCGUCUUAGCCGCAGAUGCCCUCAUAGCUUUGGCCGUCAAGAAGAUGGCUACAUCCACCUCGUUGAACGCUCCCCCGGCGAAGGUUCUCCGAGCCGUUGUGGAGUUGGCCAAAGCGGUGGGAACGGAAGGGCUUGUUGCUGGUCAAGCGGCGGACCUGGCCGGAGAAGGGAUGAGUUUUGAGGACAACGACGUGGGAUUGGAGCAUCUUGAGUUUAUACAUAUUCAUAAAACGGCGGCGUUGCUUGAAGCUGCAGCUGUCAUAGGAGGUAUAAUGGGAGGUGGCUCUGAUGAAGAGAUCGAGAGACUCCGGAGUUACACGAGAUGCAUUGGGUUGAUGUUUCAAGUUGUGGAUGAUGUGCUUGACGUGACAAAGUCGUCGGAGGAUUUGGGGAAGACCGCCGGUAAAGAUUUGGUCGCCGGAAAGCUGACAUAUCCGAAAGUGAUGGGAGUGGAAAAGUCAAAGGAAUAUGCGGAGAAGUUGAACAUAGAAGCGAGAAAGCAUCUUCAAGAGUUUGACUCUCACAAGAUGGCUCCUUUGUUAUCUCUCGCUGAUUACAUUGUCAACAGACAAAACUGA